AAAGAAGAAACGAAAAAGAACGGAAAAGGGAAAGAAUAAGUUUUCAGUUAUUCAAAUCUCGUUCCAGCCUUCUUUUUUUUAAUCCGACUAUCCGUUUGGUUCAAACGCACACAGUUGGAGACUUUUGUUCAGCUCAAUACAUGUCCGUUUGAGUUCACAAGUGAUGAGUAAACCUUCAUCGGAUAAUACCACCAACCAUAAUACCUCCACCUCCUCACAACAGAAAGCGGUUUUCAAUUACGCUCAAGCUGCAAGGAAAUCCAAUCCUCCAGCGAACACGAAUGGCCAACCUGCUCCUGUCAAUGGUGGAGUAAAACAACAACAACAGCAGACCCAACCGCAGCAGCAACCUUCAUUUGCAGCUGCUUUGCAGAAGUCUUCUAAUCCAUCUUCGCCGCAGUUAGCUGCCGCAACCACUGCACCUGCUACGGCCUCGCCUACUGGUCGCAAUAGAUCGUCGGUUCAAUUGCCAAGAGCUCCUUCUUCAUCCGGUGGCUCUCCAAUUCAAUUUGGUUCCAUCAAUCAUACACCGGCUCCAUCUUCUCCAAGCCGAUCAUCGGUUUCUGACGCACCAGUGACACCUCAAGCAGAGCCAGCUACUGCUACUCCUCCUGUUGCCACCACUGUCCCUGCUUCUAUCACAUCCCAACGUCGUGACUCGGUACAAUCAGACCAUUCACAGUCGUCAGCCAAAGAUUUGCAAGUGCCAUCUCCUCAUCAACAACCACAACAGCCUUAUCAACAGCGUCAUUCGCACUAUCAAGGCCGCCAUCACUACAAUCCAUCUAACAAACACGCUGGCGUGAAUCAUUCACCAAACAUGCAACAUUCCCAGCCAUUUGUACCUCAUCAUCAAAAGAAAUCAAUGUCUCCUCACAUACAAUCUGCUCCAUCUCCUUCCAUGUCUGCAGCUGCUCAAAAUAUUCCUAUGGGUCAGCAAUGGUCGAACCAGAUACCAAAUCAAUUCGUAAGUUCCACUUUAUUUGAUUGUUUAGGUACAUUGUUUGCUAAACCCUGUUUCGUCAUCCUAGUAUAUGCAACAAGGCUUUGAUUCUCACCAUUAUUACGCUCCAUAUCCCACCAUGCCUAUAUCGCCCUAUGCGAACAUGGGUGUUCAAGGUCAACAAGGGGGACGUUCUCCAUCUCAGCCAUUCAUCCAUAGCACUCCUCCUAGAAGCAAGGCUAUUCCUAUCAUCAAUCCUGAAACCAUGGCUCAAGUCAAGACCGAUACACCUUCUAC